AUGAAAACCCUGGCUAACUCGAUGGUCUCUCGCGCACCUCCCAUGUUCUGGGUCAUCCCCAGUCUCAAAUCCGAUCAGAUCUCUGACAGCAAAGAAGUGAAGCGCUGGAUCGAUAACUACUUGGGGGUUGGCGAGUGGGUCAUGGACUCCUCGGUGGCGGUGAUGGGCUCUUCGGGCUGGUUCGAGCGCCGGCGCUGA